CUGCGCCGCUUCACAUCCCUACAUAGCCUGCAGCUGUCCGCCUCUCGUCACUUGUAAACACACCACAGACACCCUUCUUUACCCCGCCCUACACACGUCCAGCAGCUAUGGAUCAGAUCAAGAAGCGCAUGGAAGCUCUCCGCGUUGAGGCGGAUGAGAGCAGCGCCCGCGCCGAGGAGCUCAAGGCGACUGUCAAGCGCCUCGAAGCCGAGACCACACAGAAGGAGCAGGAGAUUACCUCGCUGACGCACAAGAACUCUGUGCUCGAGAGCGAGGUUGAGAAGCUUGAGGGGCAAGUCAAGAUCCACAAGGACGAAGCUGGUGCAGGUGCUCAGGCUGGCACCCAAGCCGAGAGCCUCCAGCGCAAGAUCCAAGUUCUCGAGGAAGAAGCUGAGGAAUCGGACAGGACGAUCCGCGAGCUCAACGAGAAGCUCCGCCAAACCGACGUCAAGUCCGGUCACUACGAACGCAAAGUACAAGCCCUCGAGCAGUCCCGCGACCAGUGGGAAACCAAGUACGAAGAGAUGGCCAAGAAAUACGCCGACACCAAGAAGGAGCUCGACGACUUCGUCAAGGAGAUCGGUAACAUCUGAUCUCGCUGUCGUCUCUCUUUUUUGCUUGUUGACUGUAUUUAGUCGAGUUCUGAGUCGAGCUUCGAUAUCGUCCCUCUGCGGAUCCCGAUUUCGAGUGCGUGCGACAACAUGAACGGCGAUGGUAGUGGUGGAGGAUGAUACUGCGGCAUGCGGCGGAGCUUGAAGAAGAGGCAGAUUUUAUAUCACAUUCCCCCGUACCCCCUACCUUACCCCUACAUAUCUGUUUUCUUUCCUGCGGCUGCUUGCUGGGCGGGCUUGUUCGCUUUAGAUAAUCCCUGAGCGAAUAUAUUGGCGGUUCCUGACAUGAACUGGU